AUAGCUUAAGAGCAAUAAAGAACAUGGCAGCUGCCGAUGCAGCUUCUUCUGCUGGCGCAUCUGGAUCAUCUGUGUAUGCUGUAUCGGAAGAAAAGACAAAUGGAACAAGACUGGCACGAUUACUGGUUGACGGAGGAACACAGGUUCUUAGAAAGGUUUUACAUUCUGUUCAUCCACCCGCGACAUUACACCACGUAUUAGACAACAAUCUUCCCAAGCUUCAGAGUCUGAAGUCCAGGCGUGUAAUAUUUGAUGACCAGUGGGAAAAGUUAUUUCCUACUUCAGGUGAUCCACCAGACUCGAAAACGUUCGACAUAAUACUGUUGCAUUUAUUGCUUCGUGAAAUCUGUCAUCUAACGGCGCCCACAAUAGGAUGGCACAAAAUGCCGGCGGAUGGUGAUGUCAGUCGUGAAGCAAACAUCGUCCGAAUCAAAUGCUUCAGAAAUGAGCUGUGUCACAGUGUUUCCACCGGUAUUCCUAAUGGCGAAUUCGAAGACAAGUGGAGCAAGAUAUCCACGUCUUUAGAGUCACUUGAAGCUAGUGUCUACCGAAAGAAAAUACAGGACCUGAAGGACGAUCCCAUCGAUCACGACACUCGACGAGCGGUGGCGGAGCAAGUCGAACAGUGGAGGAGAGUGGAACAACAUGACGAGUCAGACGACGCUACUUCUAACCUUUGCAGCUUUCUUCCAGACAAAGUACCAGAGAAACUUAUGUUUGGUCGUGAGAAAGAAAUAAAGGAAGUCAAAGAAAUUGUACAAACUGGCACAGUGCCUGUUGUCCUGAUAACCGGAGGGCCGGGAUUUGGAAAGACAACUGUGGCUAACGAAGUGGCUCAUGAGCUAGCCAAACCAGAAAACGAGAGGACUGUCUUGUUUUGCAGUCUACUGACACAGAGAUCCUUCAAUGAAGUAGCCACAGAAAUGAUCCAUUCAUGCGGUACAAUCCACACAAAAGCGCCAGAGAAUCCGGAGCAGUGGCUCAAAGACUGGAGCAAGCAGAUCCAAACGCAAGUUACGUUUGUCCUCGACAAUGCAGAUGGUGUCCUUGAAUCCAAACGCAAGUUACGUUUGUUCCUAAACAUCUUACGCGCGGUAAGAAUGUUGUCGAAGCAAAAGGUGACAUUUGUCAUAACUACAAGAAAAACAUUUAAAGAUCCCAAUUUGCAGUUGAGGGAAGUAAGACUAAACCCGGUUUUAGCCGAUGAGGCGAAACGUAUUCUUGUCUCUCGAAUCUACGAUCAUGAUAUGCGAAAUAAGCUUUGCAAGACAGAAAGAUUAGUUGAGCUAUGUGGCGGGAUUCCAUUGGCGCUUUGCAUUGUUGGAUCACUGCUCUCCGACUUCACGGAAGAAAAGCUAAUAAAGCACCUGGAGGAGCAGCCUUUGACUGUUCUGAAAGACGAUGAAACAUCAGUAGAAAAUGCAAUCAAGACCUCAUUUGACCUUCUGACUCAAGCUGAACAUAAAGAAGCCUUCGUUCUUCUGUCUCUGUUGCCGGGUUCAUUUAAAUCAGAUGCCGCUGAGGCUGUUUUGGAAGCAUGCUCGAUUCCUGGAACUCUGCCUGGAUCCAUCCUUCGCUCCCUGAAAAACAGAUCACUUCUCGAGCAACCAAGCCCCCGAAUGUAUCAGAUGCAUCCGCUUAUUCAAGCUUUAGCAAAGAAGCUUGGUGAUGCUGAGUAUCCCCAUCUUGUUGCUGCGGGGGACAAAUUGGCGUGUGCUCACUUUAUGUCUCGCCUGGCUGAAAAUGCCAAUAGGUACUGGAGUAAGAACACUUGCAGAGAGUCAGUUGAGGCAUUUAACGCGGACAGGCACAAUUUCGAGUAUUUUCUUCAAAUCUACGCUCAAGGAAGGGAAAAGAAGGAUUGCGAUAUCAUGGAAUCCUGUAAAACCUUCCUUGACGAUUUUCCCCAAAAGUGCAUGUAUUUAGAAAUGUGUGUUCUUCCGAGAUUUUACAUUUCCAUCCUGGAAAGGUUGUUGUUGGAAACGUUUGACUCUGAAAGUCAACCAGUGCACAGAGUGGAACUUUUGUGCCUUCUUGGACAUGAAGUUAGAAAAGUAGGCGACACAGCAAAGUACAAUGCCUAUACGGAGGAAGCCAGAAAGCUCUAUGAAGAGAAGGGCACUGAUUUUGAGACAAAUCCUUUGUCAGAAGUCAUUUAUCUUCACAGCUAUGCCCGAUUUGUUUCAGAAAGCAAAGUAUCAGAUGAACCUAAAAAUGUUUUCCAGAAAUCGCUGCAGAUCUGCGAAGAAAAACUCCCUGAACAUCCUGAAAGAGCGGCAACUUUGCUAUUUGCUGGACGACUCGAUAAACGUCGCAAAGAAAAGAGUGAGGCUGACCGAAAGAUGAAGCUAGCAUGGCAGCUUUUCAACAAGUGUCUUGGUGAACAUUUUAUGACUGCACAGUGCCUAAAAGACUUUGCCGACCUACUUUUCUUUUUUGGAAACAAUACUGAACUGGACAGAGCACUAUCCUAUUACCAAAAGGCUUUAAAAAUGAUGAAAAAAUUGGGGAUGGAGGGUCAUAAGGAGAGUAUUCUGACUCUAAAAAACUACGGAAUUUGCCACAAGAAGAAAGGUAACUUUGAAGAAGCAAGAAAUCUACUCGAAGAGGCGGAACGUGUUGCCGAGAGAGACCUAGAUGAGGAUCACAAGUGGAAAGCAAUCGUAAAAAUUGACCAAGCUCUCUUGUAUGAAGAAGAAGGAAAGAUAGACCAAAUGGCGAUAGCGAUGAAAGAAGGACUUCAAAUGUGUUACAGACUGGGACAGACUGUACAACAACUGGGCAACAAACAUCUGAUACGGAAAACUCUAAAUCGUUAUCCAGAGUUUUUUCCAAAAGAACAGUACCCUCGUUGAAAGGCCAUAUGCCCGCUGUAACUCAAAGAGAAAUAACUGAGAAGAUCUUUACUUUAGAUGUAAACUAUCAAACUGACUUUUCAAAAAGCAGUUUAUCCUCUUUAGGAUGAGUCAUCACAAGUUUCCAUAUAUAAGAACCAUUUUGUCAGCAAUGUUAUUACUACAAGUUGGGGUGACUCUUACAAUAGUUACACCGGCAAAAGAAAUGAACGAAGGCCUGUCUGUUACAUAGGUUCGCUACUAUUUUUGAUUUUAGAAUAGAAACAAUGCCGUUAUCUUGAGUUUUAAACUACUUUACCUGCGGUGAUGAAAAAUACCGUCUAGGGGAAUAGACACUGAUCCUCACCUAUGUUGUGGUAUGCCAAUAUUAAUUUUUGUUCGCGUACGUUUGAAGAUAUUUUUCUCGGCAAAGUUCUUUAGUUGUAUAGUGUCUCUGAAAAUUAAAAUGUAGACGUAGUGUAA